AUGGAUCCGGACCAGUCUGAGAGCAACAUGAUGGGGACUCAGAAACACAGCAACGAUGUCAGCGAUAGACAUGCGUUUCUUACUCCGAUGGUCAACAGCUGCAAAUUACACUUCACAACUUUCAAGCCAUUCAUGCCAGAAAGAGAAAAGAUGAAGCUUGACUCUCAAGAUCUUAAAGAAAUAAACAUUAACGCCACCCAAACAGGCAAUCAUUCUGAUCCAGAAAACUUGUCAUAUGCAAGGAAUCAGAGAGGACUUGUCCAGACUUCUCCUAUGAUACCACUUCCCUUAGAACCAAGGCACAGAGUAAAGAGACCAGCACACAGUGCCAGAGCCAAUUAUUGCCGGAAUGCUUUAAACUUUCCCAAGCCAUCAGGUGGCUUUGAGAGAUGCAAAUACAAUGCAGUCACUGCUUACACUCAGCUGCCUUGCAACCGUUUUGAAUCCGGUUUUCAAAGAGUUGACUUAGACAGGUGCUGUCUUGAGAAGUGUCCACAGCUGGACAACAUGGAUGAUAUACAGUUUAUCAACCUUCAGCAUAAUCUAAUCACAACUAUCCAGCAUUUUUCACAGCUGCAAAAGCUAGUGUUCCUUAACUUGUAUGAUAAUCAUAUCACUGAAAUGACUGGCAUUGAAGCUCUGAGCUCACUGAGGAUCCUGAUGCUUGGGAAAAACAGAAUACUUAGGAUAUGCAGUCUGGAGAGCCUGUUCAAGCUCAACAUCUUGGAUUUGCAUGACAAUAAGAUCUCCAGAAUAGAAAAUGUGUCUCACCUAAGCGAGCUGCAAGUGUUGAAUCUGGCAGGAAACAACAUCUCCAGAGCUGAAAACCUUCGAGGUCUGAACAGUUUGACUGAACUCAACCUACGACACAACUGCAUCUCUGUUGUGACCGAGUUGGACCGCCUGCCCUGCUUGCAGCGCCUCUUUCUCGGCUGCAACAACAUCACCAGUUUUGAUCAGCUAGCCUGCCUCGGAGAGUCACACUCCCUUUCUGAGCUCACCCUGGAUGGGAAUCCUGUAGCCCUGGAGACAUGGUACAAGCAGGCCGUCCUGCGCUGUGUGCUUCACUUGAGACAGCUGGAUAUGAAGCGCAUCACAGACGAGGAUCGGCGCAUGGCUGGUGUACAGGCUCGAAAAGAGGAGGAGAAGAAGAAGGAGAGUCACAAGCAGACGAUUCAUAAGGAAAAGCGGCGUCUGGCGAUCCGUAAUGCAGCGCAGCAGUGGGAGGGGGUCAGGGCCUGCCUGGAGCUGCCACCAACAAAUGGAGCUAAAGAAGAAGUCAGUCCAGAGAACAGCCCCUCCCACUGUCCCACUCAGACCAAUGGCCUUGCUCAGGAGCCUUCUCCAGAAGAGCCCAGACGGGUAAGCCCAGUUUCAGGACCAGAGCGACCAUCAGGGGGAACAGAGAUUAGACUCCGCACCAACAGCCGUCCAAACAGCCCUCGAGAUCCAAAGCUUGUGGAGUCAGGCAGCGGCAGUGUUCAGAGCUUGUCCCUCUCUGACAGUCACCUGGCAGAACUGGAUGGAGAAACUCUGCGUUUAUUCGGACUGGGAGCCCUGGAGGCCCUGGAGAGGGGCUGGGGAGUGCAGACUGCUGGGGCCGUAACUGUCAUAACUUUCCGCUACAUCAACUUUGAUGCUAUUGUACCAACACUGCCGAGAAUAAGGGUCAAGUUCCCCAAUCUGUCGCAUCUGAUCUUCUUGGAAACCAACAUCAGCCGUUUGCCUCAGCUUGCUGCCCUGGCUCAGGUGAGGCGUGUGGACCAGCUGACCAUCCACCCAGAGGGCAAUCCCGUGGUCAGUCUGUCCCUGUGGCGCUCCUUCACCAUCUACCGCCUCCACCACUUCAACCUACAGAGGAUUAAUGGCCAGGAGGUAACCAUGAAUGAUGUGAUCGCUGCAGAACGUGUGUUUGGUACACUGGGUCAUAUAGCAGCCACCGAAACUCCUCGCUGUCGACUCCUCCUGCUGCUUGAGGAGUCCAGGAAACGCCAGCUGCAGUUCCUUUUGGAGGGGCGUGGCCGGCGAGCAGGUCUCAGUCCAGAGGAGCUGCGAGACAACGGGAAGCUCCUGGGAGAAGGCCUGAGCAGAGCGCUAUUCAACUACCCAAGCAGGGACUGCAGUGCAGAUAGCCCUGAGGAGUGCACUGUGGAGUUGUCAGAGCGUGCUGCCAUGGUAGAGCAAUACCUCCAGGAGCUGGUCCAAAGGGCAUCAGACACCUAUCUGAAAGGUGAAGCUCUGCACAAACUCUGGCCCUCCAUGUUUGCAGAGAUGGUGAGGGACUGUGUGUUGGAAAUGAGGGACCGAGCCGCCUUCCGCCAAGCCAGCCUUGCAAAGAUCUCUGAGACCAAGUGAAAAGGACCAAAGGUUCACCCUAAGACCACAUGCACACUAACACACUCUAACACUCAUAGCUUUCCUGAUGACAUGUGGACCUCCAUCUCCAACAUCACUGAGAGACUUCUCACUGACCGUCAGUUAAUCGAAUCUUUGGAAACUGAAGGAUGUAUUUCCCAAGUGUGUGGGAACUCUUUCUUAGCAUGGAUGUAGGCUGUUUUAAAGUCUGAAAAAUAAAUGUGACAACAGUUGAUUGAAUGUAAAUUUUCACUGAAAACACACUGUUUGAUUCUUCAGUGCUUGGAGCUGUAACAUACUUGAAGAACGUCAAAGGGACUUGCUGACUCUCAGUGCAUUGUGGUCCCUGCGGAGCAUCCUCUGCACUUUAACGCCUUCUGAAUGACCCCUCUCUUCCAUGACUGUCAUCAGCUGAAAAUGACCUGUGUCUCUUUUGUUGAGACUUGAAUGAUUUUUCUGUGUCUAAAAUCUUCUUUAAUGCAUCACUCUCACACAGUUUCUCUUUCGUGGCAUAAAAAGAAGGGCACAAACGAGGACAAGGACUUUUUUGUUUACCACUGAUUUUCUGUAUGGUACUUAGUAUUAAAAGAUUCUGUAUUAA